UUUUGAGGUCUCAGUUCACACGCCAUUUUCUGUAGUAGUCUGGCUGUUUCCUGUGUAUACAACGGUAGCAUUUGCUUAGAAAGCUUUUUAGGAUAAACAAUGGGAAGAAAAAAGAAGAAGCAGAUGAAGCCAUGGUGUUGGUACUGCAACAGAGACUUUGAUGAUGAGAAGAUUCUUAUCCAGCAUCAGAAGGCAAAACACUUCAAAUGUCACAUAUGCCACAAGAAACUGUAUACAGGUCCUGGGUUAGCCAUCCACUGUAUGCAGGUCCAUAAAGAAACCAUUGAUGGGGUCCCUAAUGCAAUACCUGGCCGGACGGAUAUUGAAUUAGAAAUCUAUGGUAUGGAGGGCAUUCCAGAAAAAGACAUGGAGGAGCGGCGGCGUGUACUGGAACAAAAGACACAAGAGAGUCAAAAGAAGAAGCAGAACAAUCAAGAGGACUCUGAUUAUGAAGAUGAUGAGGAGGCUGGUCCCUCUUUUCAAGCACCUGCCACUCAGCCUCAGGCAGGCUUUACCCCCACCAUGACCCAGCCAGGCAUGACUCCAGUCUCCGGAGCUCCAGGAAUGCCUCAGGGUGCUUACUCAGGCAUGCCUCCCAUGAUGCCAGGCGUGCCACCUAUGAUGCCUGGAAUGCCCCCUGUAAUGCCAGGCAUGCCCCCAGGAAUGAUGCCAAUGGGUGGUAUGAUGCCCCCUGCACCAGGGAUGCCCCCUAUGAUGCCAGGAAUGCAUCCAGGUAUACCACAUCCCAUGGACCACCGGGCAGGUAUGUCUCAUAUGCCCCAGGGCCCCACUGUCACAGCACCCGGCAUGCUCAGUGGGCCAGCGGCGCCUAUAGCCACAGCACCUGUGGCCCCACCUGCUGUCACCAAACCACUGUUCCCCAGUGCAGUCCAGAUGGCGACUCGUGUUCCAAGCACAAGUACAGCCUCUCCAAGUACAGAUAUGCUGUCAGCGUCCCCUAAACCUCUGUUUCCUAGCACGGCACAAACGCAGCCAGCAGUGUCAGCGCCAGUUGGUGCAGACUUCAAGCCCCUGGGGGCACCUGCUGCAUCCACUGAUCCACCAAAGGCUACGUUCCCAGCGUACACCCAGCCCUCUCCCUCUGCCGCUAAUGCUAACAGUGCUGUGUCCAAGCCGGCGACCCCUGUGACAAGUAAGCCUGCCACCCUCACUACCACGAGUGCAACCAGUAAGUUGAUCCACCCUGAUGAGGAUAUCUCACUGGAGGAAAUGCGAGCUCAGCUGCCUAGGUAUCAGCGGAAUAUCCCCCGGCCGGGACAGGCCCACUUGUCUGCCCCGCCGGGUGCACCAAUGGGGCCCAUGAUGCCCCCGCAGCAGCCUGGGAUGAGGCCCCCCAUGCACGGACAAUACAGUGGUCCACCACAGGCGAUGCCUGGGUACAUGCCAGGUGGGAUGCCUCCGUAUGCUCAGGGACCCCCAAUGGUGCCUCCUUAUCAGGGCGUACCCCCUAGACCACCUAUGGGUAUGAGGCCUCCAGUAAUGUCUCAGGGUGGUCGAUAUUGAAGCCUGACCAGCAGAUCGCACUAGGUUUGAAGAUUAAUGCACCCCGUAUAGUCCCCAGCCUGUCUGUGUUUCAGUAGCAAAUCUGGUAAGAAGCAUCUCAGCCUGCAGUGGAAGAAGAGGAUGCCAGGGUUAGUAAAGACGGUUCAGUUUUAUGUACUAUGGAUUUGCUUCGGCAAACACUUUUGAUACUUUGCCCCCAUUAACUUCAGGUUUUGAAAAGUAAAAUUUAGUCUGUACUGUUCGUAGUCAUCUGUUGAAGGCACUGGAUCAGCACACACACAAUGCUUCCUGCUACUAAGGCGAGUUCUUGUGAGCAUGAGCUCUCCCAGUUAGGAGUGCUGUUGGAUUGUGUGUCUGACUUGAAUUGGUGAGGGCUUCCACCUGUCUGUUUUGUCCUGGACACAAAGUAGUUCACAGAAUGACUUGUGCGAAUGUUUUCUGUACGGUUGUAAAAAUUUAUU